AUGGAUUAUAACGGUACCAGCAGCGGAGAUGCACAGCAUCUCUGCGUUUUGGUCCAUGGACUGUGGGGCAAUCCAAAUCACCUCGAGGUCAUGGCCAAAUCUCUACGCGCGAAACAUCCAGAAGAAAGUCUACAUAUCCUCGUGGCGAAGCGCAACAGUGGAAGUUUCACCUAUGAUGGAAUCGAACUUGGGGGAGAACGGGUCUGCCAAGAGAUAGAACAAGAGAUUGAGAAGUUGGCCAACGAAGGGCAGGAAAUCAAGAGGAUAUCACUUGUUGGCUAUUCUCUAGGAGGCUUGAUUGCCCGUUAUGCGAUUGGCUUACUAGACAGCAAAGGAUUCUUCGACAAGAUCAAACCUGUUAACUUCACCACGUUUGCCAGCCCUCAUCUCGGCGUAAGGACCCCUCUUCGCGGAUGGCACAAUCACGUUUGGAACGUUCUAGGAGCGCGGACUCUAUCAGCAUCCGGGAGGCAGCUCUUCACAAUAGACAAGUUUCGAGAUACAGGUCGGCCAUUGCUCGAAGUCCUAGCAGACCAAGAGUCAAUUUUUAUCAAGGGCCUAGCCAAAUUUGAGAGAAAGACGCUGUACUCAAACAUUGUCAACGAUCGAAGUGCCGUACAUUACACCACAGGCAUCUCAAAGACCGAUCCUUAUACGAAUUUGGAUAAGAUCAAGAUCAAUUAUGUGCAAGGCUACGAAGACGUUAUUCUCGAUCCAAAUGCUCCAGUGGCCCCUCUCGAUUCUGAAGAAGAGCCACACGACACAUUUUAUGGAGGGAUGAUAAAAGCAAGCCAGACAACUAUUGGUCGGAUUCCAUUUUUCCUAGCUAUGGUACUCUUCCUCCCUCUUGGUGUUUUGGCAUUCCUGAUGAAUUCUGGAGUGCAAUCACUCAGAAGCAAUCGGAGAAUCAGACUUCAUGAAAAAGGCCUAGCUGGAAUCCAACCUGGGAAUUACCGAAUGCCCCUUCUCAUCACGGGCAUGCGAGAAGCAGUCGAGGACGUCUAUGAGAACCUAAACAGUGCCCAGAGUCAUGAGUAUCUCGUAGCAGGGACUGAGGAGGAAGCAGCUCAAUCAGAGCCAAGUUCGCCGAUUCUCGAACGAGCACCAUCUUCUCUAGGCGGCGAUGAGCCCAAUGGCCAAUUGUUACGCAGAAAUUCCGAGAAGACCAGCCAAGACCCCCCAACUCUCGCCCUUGCGCCUUACCAAUUUAGGAUGAUUCAAGCUCUGGAUACCGUGGGUUGGCGAAAAUACCCCGUCUACAUCCACAAGGUGAGACACAGUCACGCAGCUAUUAUCGUCCGUAUGGAGAAGCCAAGCUUCAGUGAAGGCAGAAUAGUACUCCGUCACUGGCUAGAUGAAGAAUUCAUCUUAUAA